ACCACCCAUCCAUCCAUCACCCAGGGCAUCCCCCAUCCGCUACAAGGAAGGUACAGCACGGUCUCGCACGCUAUAUCCGGCCGUAGUUACCUAUUCUCUAUCAAUCUCAACUGUCUGGAAUCCUCUCACUUCCCCAUUUCAUCUAUCGUUGUUGUUGGUGAGAUCGUAAUAUCUUCUUCAUUCUAUUACCUCUUCUUCUCUGUACAUUGCUAGGGCCCUGCCUUAUCUUUACCUGAUUGCCAACUAUCGCAUCCCCUCGACACCUACGAACCCGCACGCCCCGACGGUCAAAUACGCCGAAACUCCGAUCCAUGGUAUUCGAUGUCGAACUUGAACUGUAGAACAAGUCCCUCUUGCCCUCGAUAAAUCAUCGCCGAUUAGUUUGGGGGUAUUGGAUUAGAAGGAAGUUACGUUUUGGUCUUGAUCUUGCAACAACGUCUUGAACGACCACCACCUUCGAACUGAGGUGAACAACUCGGCAACCACGAACCAUAAUUUGGGGAAUCGACGAUAUCACUGCAUCAAUCAGACUGGAGUGGAAAUAAUUCAAAGAGUUGGAUCAAUUGCUGCGAAAUUCAUAAAGAUUCAGAGUCUUGAUUCUAUGCAUUCCUGAUCUCUUAACGGAGCAGCACCCAAAGAGGUGGAGAUCGGUAUCGCGAAACUCAUCCCGAAGCAUCCCCAUACAGAACAACCCAUGUCGUCGAUUACGGAUAUCAUCGCUCCCGAUAUUCACUCGCCUUAAACUUCAAAAUGCCAGACUACGACGAAGAUAUGCUGCCUCCUCCGGCAUCAGGCUCUCAGCAGGAUCGCACUUGGGGUGGUAAUAACGCUUUUCACAACUUCUUCAACGACUUCUCUCACAUCCCUGACCCAAAUCUUCGCCGCCGUCUUGCUUUAUCUGAGAUUGAUAAAGUCCCUUUUGGUGCAUACCAUGUCCGCGCUGUAUUAGUAGCAGGUGUUGGUUUCUUCCUUGACUCUUACGAUAUUUUUGCCAUCAACCUCAUCACAAUACUACUUGGAGUUGUCUUUUGGGGCGAUCCUAAUCCUCAAAACGGCUUCAGUGGCAAUGAUGGAUAUCUCCCCGACCCAGUUAACCAAGCAUUCAAGGCCUCUACGAGUGCUGGAAUUGUGGUGGGAAUGAUCGUCUUUGGAUGGCUAGCAGAUGGCUUUGGUCGACGCCGCAUGUAUGGUGUUGAAUUGGGCAUUAUUAUCCUAGCGACGCUUUGCUGCGCUCUCAUUUCGUCUAGCCCUGCAAUGGGAUCGACAGGUCUCCUAAUCUUUUGGCGUAUCAUCAUGGGCAUUGGAAUUGGCGGCGACUACCCACUCUCAAGUGUCAUUACCUCCGAGUUCGCUCCGACAAGAUGGCGCGGCGCUAUGGUUGCUGCUGUCUUCUCUAUGCAGGGACUUGGACAGCUAGCAGCUGCUAUUGUUGCCCUAAUCACUACUGUUGCUUUCAAGGACGCCUUUAUUGGAGCUGCUGACGAAAGUCAAUGCGGUUUCGAGUGCCGACUGGCCGCUGACCGAGCCUGGCGAAUUAUUGUUGGAGUGGGAGCCAUUCCUGCUUGUGCCGCCCUUUAUUACCGUAUCACUAUCCCGGAAACCCCUCGAUAUACCUUUGAUAUUGAGCAUGACGUCGAGAAAGCCGAUGCCGACAUCAAAGCAUACGUUACCAGCAAGUCCAAGGGUUCCUUUGACGUUGUUCACCAAGUCAGGAGUAAGCGCGUAGCUGGACGUAGCCUUGACGUCCCUCGUGCCUCCUGGUCUGAUCUUAUUUCCUUCUUCCGCCAAUGGGCCAAUUUCAAGAUGCUAUUAGGCACAACUUUGUCCUGGUUCUUUUUGGACCUCGCUUUCUAUGGUCUUGGCCUUAAUAAUACCUUUGUCCUUCAAGCAGUGGGCUAUGGUGCUGGCGACUCCCUUUUCGAAAAGCUUCACAACCAAGCUGUCGGAAUGAUCAUUUUGACAUGUGCUGGAUCACUCCCUGGCUACUGGACUGCCAUUCUUAGCGUCGACACUUUUGGUCGUAAGCCGCUACAGGUUUUCGGAUUUCUCCUGCUCACCAUUAUCUUCUGUAUCCUCGGCUUUGCUUACAAGAGCCUUCCACAAGGGGGUUUGCUUGCGCUCUACAUUGUAGCCCAGUUUCUCUUCAACGCUGGCCCUAACACGACCACUUUCAUCGUUCCUGGCGAAUGUUUUCCUACCCGAUAUCGAUCGACCGGCCAUGGCAUCUCGGCUGCCAUGGGUAAAAUCGGAGCAAUUAUUGCGCAGGGUAUCAGCAUCCCUAUGAUGCGACAGGGAUCCCCCGAGGGUUGUAAAGGUACCGAUUGUGCGCCAAACAUGCACCGACUGCUCCAACUCUUUGCCCUUUUCAUGUUGCUUGGUACUCUGGUUUCCUUGUUGAUUCCGGAGACCAAGGGCAUGACUUUGGAGGAGCUGUCUGGAGAGCCUCGUACAAGCUACAAUUCUGGAUGUAAUGGUAGUAUCAGUCUUGGGUCACCAAAGCUCAGAGCUUGGAACCCCUUUGUGGGUGGUCAGCCCGCAGGAUUCUCGUAUCCUAGAUCAAGAGUGAGUCACUUCCGAAAGAGUGAUCGUGUUGGUAUUAUGACCUCACCGGAACUCAUGGCUGAGACAUCCCGGCUUCGAAAACCUCGCAUCUGGAGAAGACACCGCAAGGCCAAGUCGAGCAGCGGUACAGAUAUCGCUUUGAGCACUCGAAGCUCUGGUACAGGAGAGGAUGAAAUCUUUCCAGCAGGCCCGCCUGCAUCCUCAUCUACUCCUCCACAGCCGCCGCCGACUUGGGGAGCUGGCUGGGGACGGAUAGAUAGAGGAGGACCCCCUCCGCUGCUCAACUCGGUCCAGUUGCAGGAUGUUGGCAGUCUCUUGACGAAAUGAUCUGGAUGAAAUUGGUGUUGUUCGCAUGAUUCGCAUAUCUCUGGCGUUGGUGGAAUAAUGAGAUUUAGACUAUGAUACCUUAGAUGUUUGUUUUUGCAUAGUUGUCGAGUUGAACAUCGACAUUGGAGAAUUGGGAGCAGAAGUGCUUCGCAACUUGUACGAAUGAAUAACGAAUACAAAGAAUCCCCAAUUUAUGAGUUGCAGACUUUGACAAUCUAACUGGG